UCUUAACGGGGUCCUCUCCGGGUCUCCUUUCAUGGCCGAAUCGGUCCCGCUACGUAUCGGUGGCGUCCAGAGGCGUGGUAGAUUCGUCGUUGAGGAGGCGGUGGAUUCCGAAGGCGUAGCAGCGUCCCACAUCUACCACACCAGAGUCUCCUACCGUGACUGUUGCGGUGAUGGUUCCGGAAGCGUCUGUUGUGAUGCUUCGGUGAAGUCUAUGUCCAGUGUUAACACCUUCGACUGUGGCUAUACUAGUAGCUCCAGUACGGCUUCCAGCGUGGCAAUCGAGCCUCUACGCAUUCGCCGGGUCGGUCGGUUCUUAUGUGAUUGCUUCCCUGAGCAGGCCCAACUCAUGCCUCGCAAACAAGUUGGCCGUUUUGAAGUACAGACUCUUGCCCCGGGGUGUAUCUCGAGGAUAGAAGAUGGUUCGGCACAGACUGUGGUGCUACGUCGAUGGCCUCGUCGAAGCAAGACGACACCAUGCGUGCAGGUCUCCCCUCUGGUGCCUGUGCGGAGCAGCUCGACAGCAUAACUACGUUGUCCUAGUGCUAUCUCUCAGCUAGCUAGUAUUGGUCAGCUUCGAGGUUGCACUUUGAUGGUGGUUUGUAGAUAGUCUCUCGGUGUGGCGUUGAUAAGCCACCACCAGCACCUAUCCCAUUAUACCUAUAUUUUUUGCAGGACUGCAGUGUACUUUUGAGGGGACUGUCGCGUUCGAUGUCGCGACACUCUCGGUAGAUGUAGAGCGAGAAAGUGACAUGGCAAGGACCAUUUGCAAUUAUGAUGAUGAUUGAUAGUGACUGUGCUACCACAUUGUUUGUUGCUAAUCUUAUGACAGGGUUCCAGUCUUGAGGGCAACUUACCUUUUCAGCUACUAGUGUAUCCGUAAUAGACUCGUCUCCGUGCAGAUAUGAUUAACGACGUAGUCAAGGGGAAUAUAAUAUACUUUCCUAGUCGGAUCCCGGGUGUAUGUCGAAUACCCUCGUUAUCGCCCUUGAGUAGCUGUGCUUGGUUUUGUAGUGUGAUCUCAUCGUUAUAGAAUUUGCCGUCGGCCGCCGAGGAUUAUAUUGUCGUUAUGUUUCGCGUUACACAGUAUGGCAAUGUCGAUGUGAGUUUUCAGAGGGGGCGUUGAGUAUCCCUUUUCACAUCGCUGUAUAUCAGCAACCACUCAGAGUGGUACUGUAUCAGCAC